AUGCCGUCCCUUCACGUCUCGUCCCUCCGUUUCGAGCACCAUCCAACCGGGCUCGGCGUCUCCUCCCCAACACCGCGCCUCUCGUGGCACGUAACAUCGGACUCUAUCCCCAAGAACUGGCAGCAGACGUCCUACCUCCUUGAGAUUACUCGUGGCUCCAAUCAACCCCAGACGUUCCAAGUAGACGGCAGCAGCACCACGCUCGUCCCUUGGCCCGACUCCCCGCUGGUAUCGGCGGAAACCGCCUCGGUCCGCGUCAAAUCCAACGGCUCAUCUGAUGAUGGGCAGUUAGACACAGAAUGGUCCAAUCCGGCCACAGUGGAGGCCGGCCUCUUCUCGCAGGGUGAAUGGACGGCGACACCCAUCACGGCGCCCCCACGCUCGGCCUCUCACGCCGACGAACGGGGAAUCCGGCCGGUCCGGUUCCGCAGGACGUUCGACGCCCCCGAAACGGCCGGAAAAGGCCGUGUCAGACUCUACAUCACGGCGCUCGGCAUAUACGAAGCUUACCUGAACGGCAACCGUAUCGGUGACGAGUGCCUCGCCCCGGGGUGGACGGCGUACCAGCACCGCAUCCAGUACCAGGUGUUCGACGUGGCAUCCCUGCUGAAGCCAGGCCAGACGAACGUCUUAUCAGUGGAGGUGAGCGAGGGAUGGUAUGCCGGCCGUGUUCUUUGGGGAGAGGGCCUCACUUGCUUCUACGGAGACCGCAUCGGCGUCCUGGCGCAGCUCGAUAUACUGAGUGACGACACCACAUCAGUUCCGGCUUUUCGACUCACCACAGACGGUUCCUGGGAGUGUCAUGCCUCGCCCAUCGUCGCCAGCGGCAUCUACGACGGCGAGACAUACGACCUCGGACUCGAAGUCACGGACUGGCACCACGACAACACGACCCGGUGGUCCGCCGUCGAGACCCUUCCGUUCCCCAAGUCCUCCCUCGUCGCAUCCUCCUGCCCGCCAGUACGCAUCACAGAGACGGUCAAGCCAGUCCAGAUAUCUACCGAUGCCGCGGGCAAGACGCUCGUCGACUUUGGCCAGAACCUCGUCGGGAAGCUCGUCGUCCACUCCCUCCAGAAGCCAGACGGCCACCGCCUGACGAUCCGGCAUGCCGAGGUCCUCGAAAACGGCGUCCUCGGCGUCCGACCGCUCCGCGCGGCCAAGGCCACAGACACCGUCAUCUUCGGCGGCGGCGGACUCCGUCUGCGAGACUGGUCCCCCCAUUUCACGUACCACGGCUUCCGCUACGUCGAGCUCGACGGCUGGGCGGCGGACGAGGUGACGCGGGACUCCCUCUCGGCCGUCGUCAUGCACACCGACAUGGCGCGGACGGGCUUCUUCUCGUGCUCCGACGACGCCGUCAACGCGCUGCACCGCAACGUCGUCUGGAGCAUGCGCGGCAACUUCGUCUCCAUCCCGACCGACUGCCCCCAGCGCGACGAGCGCCUCGGCUGGACCGGCGACAUCCAGGUCUUCAGCCCGACGGCCUCGUUCCUGUACGACUGCGCCGGCAUGCUGGGCAACUGGAUGCGGGACGUGGUGCUCGACCAGCGGGACGCCGGCGGCGUCGUCCCGCUCGUCGUGCCCAACGUCAUGAGGGACGGGCCGUGGCCCUCCGUGCCGCAGGCCGUCUGGGAUGACGUCGUCGUCCUCGUGCCCUGGACCCUGUACAAGUGGUUCGGCGACGCCGGUGUCCUCCGGGAGACGUACCCCGGCAUGCGAGACUACCUCCGGUCCGUCCAGCGGAGCGAGGACGGCCUCUGGGACCCGGACCUGUGGCAGCUCGGCGACUGGCUCGACCCCAACGCGCCGCCGGCCGAGCCGGGCCUCGCCAGAACGGACGGCACUCUCGUGGCGGACGCGUACCUCGUCUACGUCACGGACGUCGUCUCCCGGAUCGCUGGCGUCCUCGGCCUCGCCGCCGACGCCGAGGACCUUGCGGCCGAGCACGUACGCCUCAAGCAGCUCUUCCGGGAUAAGUACAUGACGAAGGCAGGGUUCGUCGUCGCCGACUCCCAGACGGCGCUCGCGCUGGCGCUGCUCUUCGACCUGCACGAGACCCCGGCCCAGCGGACCGCGGCGGCGGCGCGGCUCGCGCGGCUGGUGCGGUACGCCAAGUUCCGGGUGUCGACGGGCUUCGCGGGCACGCCCGUGGUGCUGCACGCGCUCUCGGAGACGGGCCACGCGCAGGUGGCGUACCGCAUGCUGCUCGAGACCGGAUGCCCGUCGUGGCUGUACCCCGUCGUCCGGAUGGGGGCGACGACGGUGUGGGAGCGGUGGGACAGCAUGAUGGAGGACGGCACGGUGAACCCGGGGGAGAUGACGAGCUUCAACCACUACGCGCUCGGCAGCGUCGCGAACUGGAUGCACGCGGGGAUCGCGGGGUUGGCGCCGCUGGAGGCCGGGUGGAAGAAGUUCCGGGUGCGGCCGCGGCCGGGAGGGGGGCUGAAGCACGCCGAGGCCGAGUUCCGGAGCCCGAACGGGACGGUGAAGAGCCGAUGGGAGGUGAGGGCGGGGGAUCGGUUCGUGGUGGAGGUGACGGUGCCGUUGAACGCCGCCGCCGUCGUUUCCAUGCCGGACGAGAGCGAGGAGACGGUUGGAUCGGGGACUUAUACGUUUGAGGGCGGUCUUGGGUCUGAGGUGAAGGAGUGGCCGCCCGAGGCUUUGUUGACUCAGUUUGGGUUGUAA